UGAACAUGAAGCUAACAAAGUAGCUUAUAGGGGCUAAUCAAACACAAAAUGUGGAAAACAAAAACAAAGUACGUAAUUUCUAUGUGAUGUAAUGCGCAGCACGGAGGAAAACCGAUCGUAUCAUCAUGUUACACGAACUCAUAACACAAACGGAAUAACAUAAACUCCAGAACCAAACCAACGUCAAGUCCAUCUGAACUCGCAACAACAACGGCUCACCGCAUUAUAAUUAAUGGUGUAGGCAAUCAACUAAGACAUAAUCAAUCUUUAACAUGUAUAAGGUGCAUAUCUAGCAUCUACGUUCUAGAUGGCACAGGUAGGAUUAUAUUGAGGUAAGAGGAUCCUGCCCUUACAUGGAUUGAUUACCUUAAGUAAACCAGUGAGGGAGGAAUAAGCUUGGCGUUGCCAUGGUGAUGGAGAUAAUGGCUUUAUGAUUGAUGCUGAGGUCGAGCCAGAGUGGGGAAAUUGUGCACCACAUUGGGCGCCGCGCGAAGGUUUAUACAAUGACUUAUCAGUAUAUAAUGCACUAUGUCAUAGUUUUGUUUUGCUGGUGAUCCGGUCUUGGCUAGCUGGCGCUGUCGCGUGGGUGGGCGUCAUUUUUAAUCAGAAAUAUCGACGGUUGGCGCACAACGCCUGCGCAAAUGAUUACCCAAAAUGGAGGCCCGCUGUGCUGCAUGUGGCUUUAUUUGAGCGUAUUUUGUUAACACUUGGCUUAACCAAAGCUGGGACCAGCCGGACUCGGUGCCCAACCGUACCGCGGACAGCUGUUACAGGUGUACAGAGCGGACUUACGUGUAGCCAGCGCCAUCAUCAUCAUCAUCAUGCCUCUGUCGUCAUGGCUUCCGUGGACGGGCGGCGAGCCGCAGUUUCCCGGGCAGAAGCCGGAGAGCAUGGUGGUGGCAGACUGCCUCAUGACCGAGCUGGAGUGGCAGCUGAGGGAGGCUGACAGGGCGGCGAGAGACAGAGAGGAAGAAGAGCGGCGGCGGCAGACGAAGGUGGACUACAGCUGGUUGGCGUGCACGUCCGCCCGCAGCCGCCCGCGGUACCAGAUGUCCCAGAUGGACCGGUUAGAGCUGGAGACCAUGUGCUCCCAGGUCCGGCCGGAGGAGAGCGGCGACGUCAUCGUCCGCUUCCGGGACCGCCUGUACCCGGAGAUGCCGCCGCAAGAGAUUCCUCUGGUACUGCGCGCAGUAAUCCGGCAGGUGUUCCAGCGGCGUAACCCCGCCCCGGACAGCUGGGCGCGCCGGCUGCGGAGUCAGAGCAUGAUCCUGUGGACCACCCAGUCCUCGGCCCGGGUCCACCCGUCAUCCAGGGACUCUGGCGGCGAGGAGACCGGCAUCGAGAUGGACGCUAGGCGGGUCUACUCCCUCCCCGACUUCACGGCCAAGUCUGUGGCACAGCUACCUGUUUAAAACACCCGAGGGGACGUUGGACAUGUCCAAACAA